UUUUGUGAAGCUUUUAGUAGCACAAUAUUCGUGUUAGUGUUUGUUUUAAACGAAAAUUAAAUCGUAUAGUGCGUGAAAUACACGUAUAAUAUCAAGAUAUAAUCGAAAUAAAUCGUUAGUGCGUCUGCGCGUGUUGAAUUACAUCGUAUAAUUGUAUAAACGUUUACUUGAAUGAAAUUAAUUGUGUGAUUGCAAAUCGCUUUAUACGGAAAAGUAUGUGACGAACUUAUUUUAAAAUGUGUAUUUCGUGUAUGUGGAUAGUUCGAUGUGCAAAAAAUUGUGGUUGAGAAAUGGGUGACAGGUUGAAACACCCAUUUAAAGUGAAAGAAAAAACAUAUAUAGUGAAUUCCCUAACAUGGAUUUAAUCACGGAUUUGUCACAGCUAAGCCCCGGUCUUAUAGACGAGUUGGAGGCUUUCAUGGCCCCCGUCGGCGAGGGAUGCUAUCAGCCUCAGCCAAUCGACGCCCGCCGAAUAGGGGGCCACCAACUACCAGAAAGUCCACCAGAUUCCGGUUCAGAAAACCCUUACAGUCCAGAGACUCAAGUGUCUCAUACCAUUGCGGUAUCACAAACAGUCCUCGGAGCUGAUUACAUGCUGGUUCCAGACCAUAUAACAUCCCACGAGAUCUUACAUCAAAACGGUGACUACAUUUACGAAGAAUUAAAAGCGGAUAAUAUCGACCAUGAAGUCUUAAGGAACAAUUUAAACGAAGUGGUGGUUUUGCCCCAAGAUUCUAACAUAGAUCUGGGAUUGAGAACUGUUCGCCACGAUAUGGGCCUAUCGGAGCAGAUCGCUUACCAAAACAGAUACAAUCAAAUAAGGGUCGAAUUGCCGGAGCUGGAACAGGGCAUGAUUAACCCUCAGCUAGUAUCGCUGGGACAUGAGACCCUGACGCCCGUGUACACGAAUCUACAGGAACCAAGCACCAAGAAGAGAAAACAUUCGCAAGAUAUUAAUUCUCAAGUGAAAUGUGAGCCAGCUGCCCUGUCACCAGAGAGCGUCGUGGUCCGUCCGCCAGCUUCAGUAGACGGAUCCGAGGCCGGUGACGAGUCGCCGUUACAGUGCAUACGUUUUGCCCAUUUCCAACAAAAUAUCUGGCAUUCACUGUACGAUUGCAACGCGAAACUAUUACCACCUCCUUCGUACAUCGUCGGAGCGGACAAGGGUUUUAAUUUCUCUCAAAUAGACGAAGCCUUCGUUUGCCAGAAGAAGAACCACUUCCAAGUGACGUGUCAGAUCCUUAUGCAGGGCGACCCUCACUAUGUUAAGACGGCAGAGGGCUUCAAGAAGAUCAAUAAUUUUUGUCUCCACUUCUACGGUGUUAAGGCAGAAGAUCCCAGUCAGGAAGUGAGGAUCGAACAAAGCCAGUCCGAUAGAACGAAGAAACCAUUCCAUCCUGUUCCUGUGGAAUUACGUCGAGAAGGCGCUAAGGUGACGGUCGGUCGGCUUCACUUUGCGGAAACCACCAAUAACAACAUGCGGAAGAAGGGUAGGCCUAAUCCAGACCAGAGGCACUUCCAGCUGGUGGUGGCUCUACGAGCGCACACCACCCACGCAGAUUACAUGGUAGCGGCUCAUGCCAGCGACAGGAUAAUCGUCAGGGCAUCAAACCCCGGCCAGUUCGAGUCGGACUGCACAGAAAACUGGUGGCAGCGUGGCGUGUCAGAGAACAGCGUCCAUUACAACGGUAGAGUCGGUAUCAACACGGACAGACCAGACGAAGCCUGCGUUAUAAAUGGUAAUCUGAAAGUGAUGGGCCAUAUUGUACAUCCUUCGGACGCGAGGGCUAAGCACAAUAUCGAAGAGCUGGACACGGCGCAGCAGCUGAAGAACGUGCAGAGUAUAAGAGUGGUCAAGUUCACGUACGACCCGGCGUUCGCGCGGCACUCGGGGCUGCUGGGGCGCGACCCGCGCGCGGGCGCGGCGCCGGCCGACACGGGCGUGCUGGCGCAGGAGGUGCGGCGCGUGCUGCCCGACGCCGUGCGCGAGGCGGGCGACGUGGCGCUGCCCGACGGCGACACCAUCCACAAGUUCCUCGUCGUCAACAAGGACCGUAUCUUUAUGGAGAACCUCGGAGCUGUCAAGGAGCUGUGUAAAGUGACGGGUAACCUGGAAUCCAGGAUCGAUCAACUGGAGAGGAUCAACAGGAAGCUCUGCAAGAUCAGCGUUCUUCAGAGGAGAGACAGUUCUAGGUCUAGCGUUAGUAAUGAUUCGCGUUUUUCCGGCGUAUCGACAUCAUCGAAGUCAUUCUACAGCGACGGUAACAUUUCCAUCGACCAGAUAAGGGACAUCGCCCGAAGCAUCCGCAAGCACGAAUGUUGCCACAAGUUGAGCCACAAUUCGCCGAAAUUUACACGCAAACAAUGCAAAAAUUGCCACGGGAGCUACUCGAAAUACGGCAAAUAUUAUAACUACAACAAAACCUGCGUCAGAUAUCAUUCCAGUAAAGAAAAGGUUGAAGAACCAAAAGUAUAUCCCGCUUAUAUAAAUACGAUUGAAAGCACCCAAAAGUUGCCAGAGGAAAAUUAUACGAACACGUCCAAAAAGAAGGACUCUUGUCUAUGGCUAAAAGACGAGGACAAUUUCGGUAAUGGCAACACUAAUUUGGCUUUCUGCUGUCGAAGGAAGUACAGAUACGGGGAUACCAGUAAUGAAUUGAUAUCAAAUAAGUUUCUACAAAUUAUUAUAACUAUACUAAUAUUCAUAAUGGCCGUAUGCCUGGUGGCGAUGUCGGCGCUGUACUUCCGCGAGCACCGCGAGCUGGUGGCGGCGCGCGCCCGCGCCCUCGCGCCCGCGCCGCGCCACGAGCCGCGCGCGCACAACCGCAUACAGAACCUGAAAUCACAGCACACGGUCGCUAAGAAGACUAAAGAGAAAGGUCCUUAUAAAACGAGUCCAGACUACACGACAUCGACUCCCGACCCCCACUUCGCGGCGACAACUCUGCACGCAUCGAGAAAUUACGUGAAAAAUGUCCUAAACAUGGAGCAAACAUCCCAAUCUCCCCAAUUGGAUACGCCAGUAAUUCUGACUCGAAUCGCUGACGUCAUCGGUAGCGGGUGCACGUUCACCGUGAACUCAGAUAACGAACUGGACGCUGAAUGUCAGUCUUCCUGUGGCCUCGACCCUCCUCAGACAUACGAAAACCAGGAACCCUUAGAACGUUCUAAAACAGAUAAAGAGUUAAACGAGACAUACCCGAGAACCCUAGAGACAUUACCCAAAGAUAAACUACCCCUGACCCCAGUGAUACCAGAGAAGAACAAUUCAAAAAUACAAAAAACCGAAAACGAUUCUCUCAAAAACGCAAUCCAUGAGGAUAUAAUGGCCGAAUCGAAUUACUUGGAGCAGAAUAAAGUGAACGGAUCGGAGAAUGGAAGAUUGAGGAGGGAUGUGCGGGGCAAGUUGACGAGAGAUAUAAGGGAGACCAAUGAGGCACUGUUGAGGAGCAGCUCCGAGGAGAUGAUCAUAGAGCAAUCGGAAGAGAUAAGUAUGCCAGAGUGCGACACGGUGUCGGUGGGCGUGGCGAGCGCGGCGCAGGCCAACGCGAGCGUGUUCGCGGCGCGCGCGUGCUCGCGGGGCGCGCACAACUACUCGUACGCCGUGCCGCUGUCGCGCUGCCUGCGCGCCGAGCGCCUCGACCUCACCUUCAGAUCGUCAAAACUAAAGGAAAUGCGUCUGUGCGACCUCCACUGCAAGUACGACACGGUCAAGAAUUGUCAGCUGAACCGCGAGAUUGCGAAGCCGAUACCGACGGGCGAGUUUUGGACGUCGAAAAUGACAUUGGAGUGCAACAUGGACAGACACCUGAAGAUUAGAGCGGCGUUCGUGCCUCUAAAGGAUUUGUGCUAUUUAAGCCCAGACAGCAAGACGCCCUUCCUAGAAUUCAACAUGCACGUCUAUAGAGAUUGUCGUAACUAAUUUUUUAUAUGUCUCAGUCAUUGACUUGAUAUCAACAUCACAAAUUAUAUUUUUUUAUUAUUAUUUUAUUUUUUUAAACUUUAAAACAUUCCUAGAAGUGCAAUUAUAUAUCCGUCCGGAUUAAUUCUAAUAUAUAUAUAUAUAUUUAUUUUUUAUAUAUGCGUUCAACAUUCCUAGAGCUUUAAAAUUAAUGGAAUUUAGUAUGACGUGUAAUUUUAUUCUGGUAACCCUGACGAGGAACUUAAUAAGAUAUACAUCAUGUUAUAUGUCAUAUAUAUGCCAAUAACAUAUAAAAGAUGUGUACUAUUUAAUCUUUGACAGGCAAUAGUUUUAAAAAUAUAGAAACAAUUUGAAUUCUGUAUACUUUAGACAAAGGUGUACAAUUCUGGACGCUGUCAAAUAAAUGACGUCAUUAAAGUGUGACACAAGACCUACCUUAGGAUCAGUAGUCGUCUCUUUCUAGAAAGUAUUUUUAUGUUUAAGGAUUGCGCUUAGUCCUUGGCGGAAACAAACUUUUGUUUAAGCGAUAAUUGAAAUGGAAAUAAUAAUUUCCGCCUAUGUUAGUAUCUAUAACAUUUUAACUGUCAAAAUUGUCUCUGGUUUUUAAAUUUUUUUAACAUGUUCAUAUGAAAUUUUGUGUCAUAUGUACCAAGCAUGGAUUUUAAUUUAGAAUAGUGCGAGGGAGAUAAAACGAUAGCUCGACUAGUAGUUAUUUAUUGGUCGCACUAUAGACUUUAUUGUAGCAGUAGUUUUGUCUCUUUCUAGUGAUAAGUCAAACUAUGUGUACGUCUACAGUUAGCGUGACUUUUCGAUCUACAGAUAAAAAAGUUUCCUUUUAUCUAUAAUUAACUGUGAAUAUAUAAACAUAGUAAACAUAAUAUACAAGCAUUAACAUAUGUUAAAAUAAUUUAUUUUAUUUCACAAUUAACCGAAAAAAAAAUUGUGGUAAUUUUUUGGGUCUACAAAUUUAGUAUGAAGUUCGUAAUCCCUGUUCUUGUCUUUCGGUUAUAGUAAUAGAAAAAAAAAUCUAUCUGUCAAAAGAUAUAUAUUUUUUUUAUUUAAUUGUACCUGUAAUAAUAUAAUGCAGAUAAUAUAGAUUAUUAUUGAGUUAAUUAAUAAGUUAUGUUGGUGUUUAAAGUCGGUGGUAGCUAUUUUUUUAUUAUUAUUAUUAUUAAUUUCUCGCCUGUAUUUUUUAUAUUGUAUUGUACAGAUAUUCAUUUAUAUUUCGAAUGUAUUAUUUUUAUUUGAUUAAGUUAGUUUUGUAUUUAGUUGUUAAGUGAAUACUCAAAAACGUUCUGACGAUUUGUCUUCUCACACAGUAAUUUAAUUCGAACGAUGCAGAUGGUAGGUUUUUUUUAAUAUACAUAUAUAUAUAUGUGUAUAUUACUUUGCAAACAUUUGCGUGUAUUAAUU